GAGGAAGCAACCAUGCAGGUGCUAACCAAGCUCUAUGCCAAGGACUGCCUGCUGACCAUCAUGGCUUGGUACUCUACCAUGGUGGGCAACAUGGAACAGGUGGUGAUGAUCUCCAGCCUUCUGCAGGGUGUGCAGCUGAGUGGGCACAGUGCCCAGGCCCAGGCCGAGGCUGGUGCCUCUGAUCUCUACAACUACUUCACCAUGCUCAAGGCCAUCCAUGAGGAUGUGGACAUGGGCUGCCUCCGGGAGGAAUGGCAAGCCAAGAAGGAAGGAAAUGAGGAUGAUGAGGUUUAGAAUGAAGCUGCUGAGACAGGGGAAGCCAGGAAGGAGAGGGUAUUGGGGGAGCUGAACCUGGAAGCCCAGUUCUACCUGCACUACUCCAGGCUAAAUCACAUCUUCACUCACCUUACCAUGAAAGCUGAGGUGACAAGGAAAUACCAGGAGAUAAUGGGACAGGCUCUGUAG